CGGGAAGUUUAAGAAACCGUCAGCGAGGAAACCUCCGGCGACUCCUUACGACCGUCCACCAUUGAACCAGUCUGGUCGGACUAGCUGGUUAUCGAAACUGGUUGAUCCGGCUUACCGUAUUAUAUCCGGCAGCGCCAACAGAAUCCUUCCAUCGUUUAUAUCGAAUGCAAUUGCUGGAAAUCCUCCUCCACUUGAACAGAUUGACGGUGAAUUAGGCUAACACUGGUCCCAAAGGAAGAAAGGUGCUGAGGAGCUAAGGGACUCUGGUGGAUUCAUAAUGUCUCCAAGGUUGGACCCAGUGGUCAGGGCAUAGGAGAAACAACUUGAAGGUCUUAGAUAAUGAAGAUCCAGCAACAACACAAGAUGUAGGAAAUGACAACAAAUGUACUUCAAGUUAUGUGAUAUCCAGAACUACUGAAGGAAACAAAGAUGAUCCAAGUAUGGAGAAAUUAAAUGAGAUCCCCGAAGCAGAGAAGCUGGGAGAAGAGAAACCAAAGAAUUCCAGUUCUACUGAAGGAAAGGAAGAGGAUCCAAGUACGGGGAAAGCGAAUGUGAUCUCUGAAGCAGAGAAGCUGGAAGAAGAGAAACCAAAAAAUUCCUCUGAUAGUGUUGAAAUUUCCAGAAUUGAGCAGCUCAUGCAGGGGAAAUCAUUUUCGAGGGAUGAAAUAACGCGUUUGACAAAGAUAUUAAACUCAAGGGUUGAUGAAGAAAAAAAGUUAGCUAGCAGAACAGCUGAAGGAGACAUUGGAAGGUUUCAUUUAGCACAUGAGACACCUAGAAGACCAAAUGACAGGAAGCGGGAUGAAACAGACUUCGCUAUGCCAGGAACUUCAACACCUCUUCCCCAAACAAACGUACGAGAUGAAGUUGGCGCAUCCCCCAUUGAUAUUGCAAGAGCUUACAUGGGAAGCCGUAGGUUAAGUAAGGGAAAUGAUUCUUAUGGUUUUGUAUCCAAGGUGGAGCAAGCUCCUCAAAAUAGGUUCCAUCCACCACCUUCACCAAAGUCAUCGACUUGUUGGCCCGCUGCCAUGGUGCAAGAUCAGCAUGGUCAUUUUACUCCACUGAAUCAGAGAGGAUAUGGGCUUGUUGAGUUCCCAAGGACCCCAUACUCUAGAACUUUAUUGCCGAAAUCCAGAGAUAGGCAGACUCAGUCACAGGUUGGUAGCAGGUGGCUAGAUCCCUCAACGAAACCCUUCCAACAAUCUCAAUCAUCAAUCUACAGCCAGGAGAAGACUAGGACUGAUUUACCUCUUCCAAGCUAUGGAUCUGUGGGACCGAUUCGGCGCAUACGGAAUAAAUUUGGCUCAGAAUCUCGCCCUAGGAAAUCCAUUUUUCUGAAUUCCCCAAAUGCUUCUUCACCUUUAGAAAAAGUUGGUGCUUCCAAAUUGUUCUUGCCUGCUGCCGGAAAGAAUUUGGAAGUUGGGCAAACUAGUGGUGUAGAGAAGUACCAGUCAGCGGAUCAUAGAGUAGUCAGGUCUGAAGAAGCUAUACCACUCAUAAGUUCUUCAAAUGAUACUGUAAGAAAAAUAUUAGAGCAACUUGACAGACACAAGCCCACUCCUGCAGAAAAGGCAGCUGAGUUGAAGCUGGCAAGCGAAUGGAAGAAAUAUCCCGGCAAAGAAAUCUCUGAUUCCACUCCAAAUGAUAAAAUGAAAUCCUCACAUUUAGGAGAAUUUGGUAUACGUAUGAACAAUGGUCUGGCAGCUGCCCAAUCGUCCAAGGAAGGAGAUAAUGAAACAGUCAAUCGUGUGGAAAUACCUCAGGAGCAAACUACGCGUGAAACUGACACUGGUAUGGAUGCUAGCGCUAAAGCUGCUAGUAUAGCUAACGUGUUUGUUACGACAGCUAAAGCCAAUACUGUCCUGCCCUUCACUUCUAAGGCAGCUGAUUCCCAAGUUAAAAGUUUCUUUUCUGGUUCUCACACUCCAAGUUUGCACAAGGACUCGAUACGCACGGAUGAUGGACAGAAAGAUAAAGGUUCUACCUCACAGUGGCCUUCUUUCCAUAAUCAAAGUAAUGGGCAGAAUGCUGCAACGUUAUCCAACUCCACGGGUUUCCAGCUACCAAGAAAUGCUCCUGGACAAGCCUCUAGUGCAAAACCUAACUUGCCAUCCAUUUUUGUGAAUAAGCCCAAUCCUAGAAAUGCGACUUCCCCAGAUAAUGGGUUUGGAUUCAGUUUCCCAGUCGCUGCAUCAUCUGGUGCACUCUCAGAACCACCAACACCAUCCAUGCCAUCUCCCGCAGCCGGUGUCCUCUCUCAGCCAGUGGAUGCAUCCACUUCUCCAGUAUACACCUUCGGCACUGGUAAAUCAGCUGAAUGCCUCAUCUUCUCUUUUCCCUCUACGAGCAAUGCAUCUGUUCCCGUGGAUGCUUCAGACCUCAAGUUUAGCUUUGGAACAGACAGGACAUCAAGACUAUCUUUUGGUGCAAUAGGAAAAACAACAUGCUAGUUUGAAGGUUUGUCAAUACUCUAGCUGCAGGAUUUUCACCCAAUGAUGGAAACUCUGUUUCAUAAUUUUUUGUAUUCUCACCUACAUUUUGUUAUCUGCCACAGCUUUCAUUUUGAAGGAUGGAUGAAUACCUGAUAUUAAAAGUUUUAGCAAA